AUGUCGACUCGUUUCAUACCCACAGGAGCGCAGUCCGAUGCGGAGAAGCCAUCAUGGCAUAUACAACGUUCCAAUAUCUCCACAAAAUCCAGAGCCGCCAAAUUGACUGCGACUGCGUUGGCGACCGUGUUUAACGAUCGCAUCCCGGUUGAGGAUUACACCACGGUUGAGUAUCCCUGGGAUGAAAAUGAUUACAGCAUCCUGGAGUCGGUUGCAGUAGAAAUUGACGAGGGCACUUUUAACAUCGAAACCCUGAAGUGGAAGACCGCGGGCGCGUUCAAAGAUGGGACGAACUACAUACAGCGGUUUGUCCUACCGGCAUUGGCAGCUUACCUGAAAGCAAGGAAGGAGCUCGCUUUGAAGGAUGGCGAGAAUGCCAAUGAGGUGCUGGCGCAGUUGGAGGACUCUGACCGUGCAUAUUUGAUUAGCUUUUUAGGUGUCGACGACAAAGCGCAUCCAAUGUUCACUUUAUUUAACUAG